CAUUUUAUUGACUAAAUAUCCAAGAUCGAAUUUAAGCUUGAUCAUAUAAAAUUUUUGUGCUCGUCUAAAUCGAGUUUAUUUUGGAUCGGUUCAAAUCGAAUUCACAAUCAAAUUCAAGUGAUCUCAAUUUGAAUCCACCCCUUCCAAGAUGGAAGCUUGGGGGCGACUCUUCCAGCUUUAUUAAUCCACCUGUGUGUGUUCAAAUGACUUUGAUUUUCUUCUUCUAUGGCUUUAAUUUUGACUUCAGAGUCUAGUCACAGCGACUGUCUUCUUUAUACUUGCAACCCUUCUGUUCUUGUACAUGAUCUGAUGAUUCCAACUCCAUCUCCAAAGUCUUAGGAUUCGUGAUUACGAAAUACAACAGCUUCAGCUCUUCCAUUCGCCAGGGAAGAGCUAAAGAUUCCACCCUAAAAUGGCGAGCCGGUAGUUUUGUUUGUUAGUUGUUGGCAAGUUCAGAUCUCUAACCAGGUUAAAAAGAAGAAAACAAAAAACCCACCUCCAAAAUUAGUGGGAUGGGGCCAAAAAACUACAAAUACAAUGAAAACUGAAAUCGCUUUCUGUUAUUUUCAAGUAACAGAAUCCAAAACCCUCAUGCACGUCCAUUUCACUCUCCCCAUUCCCGACCUUGACAUCAAUUUCGGGCUUUUAUUUUGCACUAACUAAAAUACUUCAUUUUAAUUUUGAACUGAAACCUAUUUGUCAUCCUUAUUUGGGAAGAAAUCGACUUCAAGUCUGGACGGUUUCUGGGUUUGUAAGAUCUGGAACGGAGCGCAUCUCUUGUUGGUAUGAUCUUUCGAGCUCGGACGACUAAUUGUUGCAGCAGUGUGUACAUAGUCAAUUCUGAGACAAAAAUUUGGAAACUCUAUUUAUGAACAUUCAGUUAGAAUGGCACUCAGGCAGAAUGGGAAUUUUGAAAAUUCAAAUGGAACUCAUGGCGUAAAUGAUGAGCAAAAAGAAUAUCCUAAGAGUAUGGCUGAGGGUAACCAGCUAUCAAUUUUAAUGGAGUGGUUAAAUGAUAUGACUCCUAGUUUAAGAUUGCCACUGGAGCCUUCAGAGGAGGAAUUUAGAGCAUGCUUGACUGAUGGAAUUGUUUUGUGUCGCAUCUUGAACAAGCUAUGCCCUGGUUUAAUUGAUAUGGGGGCCAGUUUUGAGCCGGGUCCUGCUAAAGUCAACCAGUUUCUGGCAGCUAUGGAUGAGUUGGGAUUACCAAGUUUUGAAGCAUCAGAGCUAGAGCAGGGAUAUAUGAAGCCAGUUUUGCAGUGCCUUAGAACACUUAGAGCAAGUUUUAAUUCCUAUGACGCUGAAGACAACAUCCACAAUCAUUCUAGAAAGAGGUGGAGUGUGGCAAGAGUAGAUCUUAUCAAGGAAACUGGUCACCUAAGAGGGAGUGUAAGAACAUAUGGUAAAAGCUCUGCCAUCAAGGAAGAUAGCCAAUUGAAUUCUCUGGAUGGAAAAUUCCAGAUUGGUUUGCAUGGUCCAAUUACAGAAGAUAUUUCUGAUAUGAAGAUUUCAGAACUCAUAAAUUCAAGGAGUUUAGAUAAUGCCUCGACUAAAUCACUGUUUGGUUUUGUGAAUCAAAUUCUGGAUGAACGCAUUGAAAAAAGGAAUGGGGAUGUACCUCAAAAUUUGGCAUGUCUGCUGAGAGAAGUAGUGCUACUCAUUGAAAGGAGAAUGGCAACUCAAGCACAUCAUUUAAAAAAUCAAAACAAUCUUUAUAGGGCUUGUGAGGAGAAGUACCAAUCAAGAAUCAGAGUGCUUGAGACCCUAGCAAGGGGGUCUACUGAAGAGAAUAAGGUUCUUGUAAGUCAAUUUGAGCGACUAAAGGCUGAGAAAACCAAACUGGAGGAGAAGGAAAAGCUCGAAGAGCAGAAUGUGCUUAGAUUGAAAAAAGAAAAAGAUCAUAGUAGUAUUGAGAUUUCUACAUUGAAACAAGAAUUAGAAAUGGCCAAAAGGACACAUAUGAUGCAUUGCUUGAAACUGGAAGCACAGUUUGAGGAAACUAAAGUUGAGUCAGAAAAGAAGUUGAAGGAACUUGGUUGUCUUUUAAUAGAUUCAAAGAAGAAGGUGAAAGAACUAGAAUCGUUUUCUGAAUCUAAAUCUCAAAGAUGGAAAAAGAAGGAGUCUACUUAUCAGAACUUUAUGGAUUAUCAGUUUGCAGCUAUACAGGAUUUAAGGGUAGCUUUUCAGUUCAUAAAACAUGAAGUCCUGAAGACGAAAAGGAGUUAUGCAGAGGAAUUUAAUCACUUGGGGCUAAACCUAAAAGGGCUUGCAGAUGCUGCUGAGAAUUACCAUUCAGUUCUGGCAGAAAAUAGGAAAUUGUACAAUGAAGUUCAGGAUUUGAAAGGAAAUAUUAGAGUAUAUUGCCGGAUAAGACCAUUUCUUCCAGGUCAAAGCAAAAAGCAAACAAUAUUUGAAUAUAUUGGUGAGAAUGGUGAGUUGGUAGUUUCAAAUCCCAUAAAACAAGGGAAAGACAGUCAUCGACUCUUCAAGUUUAACAAGGUUUUUGGUCCAGAAGCCACUCAAGAGGAGGUAUUCUUAGAUGCACAACCAUUAAUACGAUCUGUACUUGAUGGAUAUAAUGUUUGUGUAUUUGCUUAUGGACAAACUGGAUCUGGGAAGACCUAUACAAUGAGUGGGCCUUGUAUAUCAUCAGGAGAAGAUUGGGGUGUCAAUUAUCGAGCACUGAAUGAUCUUUUCCAAAUUACUCAAAGUCGGAAGAAUUGCAUUAUAUACGAUGUUGGUGUUCAGAUGGUUGAGAUUUAUAAUGAACAAGUUCGUGAUCUACUGUCAAGUGAUGGUCCACAAAAGAGACUUGGGAUUUGGAGUACCACCCAACCAAAUGGGUUGGCCAUCCCUGAGGCAAGUAUGCACUCUGUUAAAUCAACCACAAAUGUUUUGGAAUUAAUGAAUAUUGGGUUGAUGAAUAGAGCUGUAGGUGCUACCGCACUUAAUGAAAGAAGUAGUAGAUCCCAUAGUGUUCUCACAGUUCAUGUUCAUGGCACUGAUGUGAAAUCUGGUGCCACUUUGCGUGGCAAUCUACAUUUGAUAGACCUUGCUGGCAGUGAAAGGGUGGAUCGCUCUGAAGCUACUGGUGAUAGACUCAAGGAGGCACAGCAUAUAAACAGAUCACUAUCAGCUCUUGGAGAUGUAAUCUUUGCUCUGGCACAAAAGAGUGCUCAUGUCCCAUACAGAAAUAGCAAAUUAACUCAAGUCCUCCAGAGUUCUUUGGGUGGUCAAGCGAAGACCCUAAUGUUUGUGCAGCUUAAUCCUGAUUCAGACUCCUAUUCUGAAACCAUAAGUACCUUGAAGUUUGCUGAGAGAGUUUCUGGUGUUGAAUUAGGUGCUGCAAGGAGCAGCAGAGUGGGGAGGGAUGUUAGAGAACUUAUGGAGCAGAUUUCAUCUCUUAAGGAGACAAUUGCAAAGAAAGAUGAAGAUAUUGAGCACAUGAGGGUUAAGGCUAAUAUUGCCAACAGUGCAAACCAAGGUAUGAGCCCACUGAGGUAUUCAUCGUCCUCUCCAUCGCUGAGUAGAAAAUCUGUAGGAAUUCCUCACAUAAGUCAAAGAUUGUCAGUCAGGAAAGUCCUCGGAGAAACUGAUAAAGCAGCUUCUGAUAUGGACAAUUGCUCAGACUUCAGUGAUAAGCAUUCUGAUGCUGGUUCUCAUCAUUCAGUGGAAGACUUUAAAAACCAGAAGAUAUCUCCUUCACAAUCAAAGUCUGCCGUUGGGGACUCAAGUCAGAAUGUUACUGAAGACUUUGAGCUCCUGGGCUUUGGGGAGGCAGAUUCUGAGGAAAGAUUAAGUGACAUUUCUGAUGGUGGCCUUUCAAUGGGAACUGAAACUGAUGGUUCAAGCAGUGUUGUAGAGUUCACUCUUUUCCCUGAAACUGCAAAACCGGCCGAGAGAUCAGAGAACACAGAGAAAGCCGGUUACCCAUCCAAACUUCCAAAGCCCCUCCCAAAGGUGGUGAAAAGUAGAUCUUCUCAUCUGUCAUUGCCGAAGGCCACAAAGGCCCCCUCCUCUAAAAUCUUAUCAAGUGCUAGGAAACCAACUCCUACCAGUUCGACCAGAUUUCCGAAACGAAGGCAGUAAUUUUUUGUUGUACUUAAUGGUAAAUGGACACCUUGUCCCACGUGGUAUGUCUCUUACUAAUGUAUCUCAUUUGUAUACUUUGUACUGGAAGAGGUAAUUGAAAGCCUCUCAUUUGUAUUAUCAAUCAAACGAAAAAAAAAAAUAUUGGUUCAUAUUGUAAAAUUAUAUGUAUGUUUUUACUA